AUAAAGACAUUAAAGGAGGAAAUAAGUUCAGUAUGCAGCCGCCGACAUGGACCUCAGAGCUCUGACGCUGUUUCUGGGUUUGUGCAGCUCAGUGAGUCCUGCUGAGGUCCGGCUGGUCGGAGGUCCGAGUCCCUGUUCUGGCAGACUGGAGCAGCAGCGUCAGUCGGACUGGGAACCAGUGAGGGACCAGAACCUGGACUGGAACCUGACGGCAGCAGAUCAGGUCUGCAGGAGGAUCAGCUGUGGUUCUGUGGUUUCACUCAGGAGAACUGUGGACCAGGAACCUCCACAAGACUUGGUCACCAGAGAUGAGUCCAGAGCUGAAGGAACUGCAGAACCGCCCCCCUUCAGAGUGGAGAUCACCUGCUCAGACUCAGUCAGGCUGGAGAACCAGACUCACCUGUGUUCAGGUAGACUGCAGGUGAAGUGGAACCAGGUGUGGUCCUCAGUGUGUUCAGAUGGAUUUGACCUGCAGGAUGCUGAGGUGGUCUGCAGGGAGCUGGACUGUGGUUCUCCUUCAGGGUUUAAGGGCAAACUCUAUGGAGAAGCUCCAGAGUGGAGCCCAGAGUUCCGGUGUGGAGGCCAUGAGUCUGCUCUGCUGCAGUGUGAGCACUCAGAUAGAAACACCUGCUCACCUGGAACCUCCGUCACACUCACCUGCUCAGGUCCAGAUUGGUUACGGUUGGUUGAAGGAUCCGGCCGGUGUGACGGCACUCUGGAGGUGAGAAACUGGGAUGAAUGGAGACCAGUGGACGAUCUGUACUGGGACCUGUGUAGUUUGGAUGUCAUUUCUGCAAAUAUUGAACCUUCUCAUCUUUUGUCUCCUCCUGCAGACUCUGUGAGGCUGCAGUUUGGGACUCACCUGUGUUCAGGUAGUCUGGAGGUGAAGUGGAACCAGGUGUGGUCCUCAGUGUGUUCAGAUGGAUUUGACCUGCAGGAUGCUGAGGUGGUCUGCAGGGAGCUGGGCUGUGGUUCUCCUUCAGGGUUUAAGGGGAAACUCUAUGAAGAAGCUAGAAAAGGGAUCCCAGAGUUCCGGUGUGGAGGCCAUGAGUCUGCUCUGCUGCAGUGUGAGCGCUCAGAUAGAGACACCUGCUCACCUGGAACCGCCGUCACACUCACCUGCUCAGACCCUGAUGAUGUUCGGUUGGAGGGAGGAGCUAGCCGUUGUGCUGGAAGACUGGAGAUGAAACAUGACGGAGUCUGGAGAGCGAUGAAAAUCCAAAACCCUGACUGGAACCUGAACUUGGCGGCUGUGAUCUGUGGACGGCUGGACUGUGGUCCUGCAGUCUCAGCAGUAAACAGACCAGAAUAUUCCCAGGAAGAUGCUUGGUGGAUCAGUCCCUACUGCCCUCUUUCUGCUCUGAAGCAAUGUCUGACAGUGAAUCAUUCACAGAUCUCUGACAGCUUGGAAGUCACCUGCUCAGACUCUGUGAGGCUGGUGGGUGGGACUCACCUGUGUUCAGGUAGACUGCAGGUGAAGUGGAACCAGGUGUGGUCCUCAGUGUGUUCAGAUGGAUUUGACCUGCAGGAUGCUGAGGUGGUGUGCAGGGAGCUGGACUGUGGUUCUCCUUCAGGGUUUAAGGGGAAACUCUAUGGAGAAGCUCCAGAGUGGAGCCCAGAGUUCCGGUGUGGAGGCCAUGAGUCUGCUCUGCUGCAGUGUGAGCACUCAGAUAGAAACACCUGCUCACCUGGAACCGCCGUCACACUCACCUGCUCAGACCACGUGAGGCUGGUGGGAAACAGCAGCACCUGUGCAGGUGAGCUGCAGAUGAAGGUCCGUGGAGAGUGGAGGCCCGUGUUGGACGAGGACUACUACUGGAACCAGAACUGGACAUCAGCAUCGGCAGUGUGUUCUCAGCUCGGAUGUGGUUCUAUUGUGACUAGGAAUAUAGAGGAAACUGGAUCAAAGAGACCUGUGUGGUAUAUCAAGUCCUCCUGCUUCCAGUCGGCUGUUUCCCUUCAGGACUGUCUGGUUCUGAACGAUGUGACUGAAAAUGCCUGGAGUGACGAGGUGAUCUGUUCAGAUCUGCUGGUUCAACCAAACAUCUCCGUGUCUGCGUCCCAUGAUGAAGUCCAGCAGCAGACGGUCCGGGUCCUCUUGGGCUCCAACUUCAGCAUCAUCUGCUCCACCAGGCCUCAGUAUCCAGGAGGUUCCUUCCAGCUCGUCUUCAACUCCUCCAGCUCAACGCUCAACUACGUCCUUCCAGCCAUCACACAUUCAGCCGUUUUCCUGUUUCCUGCUGCAGAAGGCCUCCACAGAGGGACGUACACCUGUAUUUACCACCUCAACGUUUUCGACUAUAACUUCUCCUCCACCAGCCGACCCAUCUAUCUCAUCCCCUCAGGUAGCUUCAGAGUCCAGGAGGGGAACAGAAGUUCUACUUUCUGCUCAGACAGACCUCCUCAGGCUUAUUGGUGUCUUUAUUCCAGUCCAAAGACAGACACUGUGGUGAUUUUAUUCAUGCAAACGCCAAACCUGGACUGCAUUUUCUAA